AUGUCUAGCCUCAAAAGCAGAAGUCCGAAAGGCUCCUGGGUCCUUGUCACCGGUGCUACCGGCCACAUAGCAGUGCAUACGACCAGACAACUUCCUGAACAUGGUUUCAGGGUCCGCGGAACCGUUCGAGAUCUAAACAGGGCUACAUGGCUCACCCAACACGUUUUUAGCCCCUUUGCUGACCGAGGCGAUCUCGAACUCGUACAAGUCCCGGACCUCGGCGCCCAACAUGCCUUUGAUGAGGCGAUCAAAGGAGUAUCGGCAGUCGCUCACAUCGCCUCGAUUCUUUCCUUCUCCGACAGUCCCCAGGAUGUAAUACCUCCAGCCGUCGACAGUAUGGUCUCGAUUCUCGAGGCUGCGGCUCGCGAGCCGUCCGCCAAGUCGAUUGUCUACACCAGCUCUAUUGCCGCCACCGUUGACCUGAGUCCCGAGGUCACCGCACAUGCAGGGCCGGACGCCUGGAACGACCACGCAGUCGAGGCCGAGAAGACCUUGUGGGCCUUUGUCAAGAAGAACAAGCCUCACUAUACCGUCAACGUCGUCAGUCCGGCGACUGUCUUGGGCGAGGCUCUUGGCCAGAGACAUCUAGUGUCUCCAUACCCAUUGGUGAAGAACCUUUAUGAUGGAAACGAAGAGAUUGGAGCUCUGCUUCAGGCCAUCAUCCAUGUUGACGUGAAGGAUGUUGCUUUGCUCCAUGUUGCCGUGGUAUUGGAUCCCGAUUGCAACGGAGCACGACUACAAGCCCAGGGUGAAUACUGCAACAUGAAUGACAUCCUUGCCAUCUUGCGGAGGCUUCACCCGGAGAAAAAGUCUAUGAAUGACUUCCCAAACCAAACCGAACUUAGGAUCACCGCUGAAUACGACCAACUGGUUGAAUUGCUCCGCAAGAGGGGAGGCCAGGAUGGAUGGACUCCGCUAAAGAACAGUGUCAUUGAGGAGAUAGAAGGGGCUCUCAAGUGGUUUCCCUGA